AUGGAGGGGACACAGAACAUCCCGUACGUCGAAAUAGUCCUCAUACGACAUGCUGAGGCUAUAUCGAACGUACUGACCGACGAGGACGGAAUUGGUGGUUGCGAGCUCACAAUGUCCCAGCUUCAAGCAGUAUCCAAGCAGUUAAGCCAGAACACAGAACCAGACCUCAAGGUGAAGUGUGGUGAUUUCCUUCCGGAUGGCCUUACACAAUUCGGAAUGUCUCAAGUCAGGGACUUCGUUCAACUCGCCAUCAAAGAAGGACGAAUUCCUAAUGUGUACUAUGUCGCGUGCUCCUUGCUAUCAAGAGCAAUCCAGACAGCACAGCUCUUGAAGGACGGCCUAGAUAUGGUGGAUGAUGGGGGCAUAUUCUGUCAUCCAGGACUCAACGAGCUUACUGGAUGGCCUCAGGAUCACGAAGCUUGGACUGACGACAAGGGGCACCGAAGGUAUAUUCUGCUUGCUGGCGGCAAAACUGACCCCGGAAAGAUUGUCAAAGAGGAGACCAUCAAUACAGCUGGAUGUACAUUGUUCGACGGGUCCUCCUUAGGCCGGCCUUCACCUCCUCCCCUCGAAGCCCCUUCAAAGGAGGCUAUCAAGGAACAGGUGCAGGAUGCCCGCCAGUGGCUGGAAGAGCUAGCAGCUCAGGCCCUAAAGAAGCAUCAAGAAGCCCAGCGACCUGGCCCAGCAAGAAUCGUGGUCAUCACGCAUGGUGGCUAUCAGCAGGUCUUGACUGAAAAUAGGUACUGCAACUAUACAGCGAGUCCUGGCGGGCUGAAAUUCGCUGGGACAUCUUCACAGCGGAAUCUGGACGUCAAUCUCUAUAGGUUCGAUGAGCACCGACUUGUGGAGCUCCCUUAUGAUGAGGAGAUUAGCCGACUCUUUGGGAAACACUACCGUUGCAUGGAGAGAGAGAAGAUGACGCGCGAAUGGCCCAAGAAUGAAGUCCAAGAAGCCGACCAUAUGGAUUUCAUCCGCAGCUCCUUUGAGGAAACUGCGAAUCUGGAUAAAGAAGUAGUUGACAGUGUUUUCUCCUGGGUUGGGGUUGAUCAUUUCUUGACAUCUAUCGCGGGCAAGAAGCCUUGA